AUGAACACGCCCAAGACACCGGCAAACGGUAGCAACGCAGAGGAAGCGGACGCAGUACAGAAACACCACGAAGCCAUUUUAAUACAGCUGAGGCUGGGCACGGAAGUCAGCGAGAAAAUUCUCAGCGAGCGGGACACAUUCGAACUGGAUGCCGGCCAGAAAAGCAUCCUGCAAAAAGUUGUCACGGAGAUUGCGGAUCCAGAAUCGGCCUUAUCAUACAACGCGGCCGCAAAAUCGCUGAUUACGUGGCUUCUGGAGAAGGAGCCCGCUCUUCUGAGCGAUGGCACCGAAACAGGUGGGAAUGUUUUGGAUCUAAUCGUAGACAGCGAUCAGGACUGCAUGGAGCUGCUCGAGCAGCUCUGCAAAGAGGGCCUGGAUAAGGCUGCUAUUGCAGUAACGCUCGGAACGGAGGGGCAUGCGGGCAUAGCCCAUAGCGACCUCGAAGCACCCAUUGCGACCAUUAGCCUGGCCGUCGCACCCUCGUGCGUUUUCGAACAGGACGUGCAAGAGCCUUUCAUGUGGAAACAUCUUCUCGAGGGGGGGCAAGACACGUGGCUGCACAAAGCCAUCAAGCUUCGGCGUACAAACUACGCCAAGUAUCUCAUCGAGAGGGUGAAGCUGAACGGCGCUGCAAAGCUGGUUCUCAGCCACCACGGCCAAGAUAAACUGACGCCACUGCACGUCGCCGUGAGCUCCGAGUUCUUGACUCCGAAUCAGCACGAGUUGGUCGAAGAACUGAUCGAGGCUUACCCUGACGCGCUGGUGAGCGGCACGCGCUUCGAGGAGGAAGUUGAAGCCGAGCCUCCGCACGCCCGCAAACCGCUUCACAACCACUACAGCAGGAGGGGCAUUGACAAAGCAUUUCGACGAAAAGGCUUGUCUUCCUCGCCGUUUCAGCACUUCCUAGAAACUCGAGCACGAGAGGCGGUACAAGCCGAUCCGCAGAACAGGGCGAGAGGGGCCUUGAACCGUCGAACUAGAACCAAGCCGGCUACCAAGGCUAAUGCUGGCGAGCUCAAAGACGUCGCUGAAGCGGUCGAAUCGUUGCUGAAGCUCAGCUGCAUGAGGUACUUCGGCGAUAGACGUGAGAUCAUCAAAGAACUUCUCCCAUCCAAUGUGGGGCAGAUCCAUUUUGACUUGAACCCGCGGCGAGAGGUUUCCAAAGAUCUCCUCGAAGCCCUUGCAGGGAUUACUCACUUCGAGGACACGCUCCAAUACGUCUCGAUUCCGGACCUGCGGGUCAUCGGCAUGGAACUUCCUAUCGACCCCAACGAGGGGGCGCAGGGGUGGUGGUCCAGCAACCGCAAGGACUACGUCUAUAUAUUCGACUGGCUGAGGUCCAAGGCCAUUGGCGUAAAGCGGAUCCUCAAAAUUGUUGUCGAAGAUGACGAUCACAACUUCCAUAGCGACGAAGCUAUUGAGUUUGCGCUCAGGGGCUUCAAGGUCGAGUCCUGGAACUGGAUGCGAUCGGACAUGUGCAGCCAGGUGAUUAAAGAAGCCGCCCCCGGUGUGCGGGACGUUACGCUGUACUGGAGCGGGAACAACGCUAUCCUGCGGAGCUGGGCUGCUGAGGGUGGACUGCCACAGCUCGAGCAGUUGCGAACAGUCACCAUCAUCAGACAAAGGACGAUUGAAUCGGUUCAGAGAACAGAGGAAAACAUAAAGAACUUCAAGGACGGCUUUGACAAGGCCUGGAAGAAGGUGUCUAAUCACGCUCGACCGCCGCCAUCUGUCGAUUUCCGGUCGGACCAGACCAAAAAAGUCGUUGCCAAGGCACUAGCAGAGGCCGAAAGGGCGGGGAGGGAACGCAAGGAGAAGUGGCUCAACUGCAUGGAGAGCUUCGCCAACUUCCUAAAGGUCUAUUUCCGGAAUAACAAGCUAGAGGAGACCUGUGAAAUCAAGGUGGCGGUUCUCGACGACGGCGUCAACAUCGACCACCCAGACGUGCGCAACAACAUUGUCGAGGGCGAAACCUUCUACAACAACAACGGCCACUGGCAGGGCUUCUACCAGUCGUCGCAUGGUCAUGGCACGCUCAUGGCCUCCAUCAUUUGUCAGAUCUGCCCCAAGGUCAAGCUCUACGUGGCCAAGCUUAACGAGGAAUGGGUCAACUCGGCGGAACAGAUCACGGCCGACUCGGCCGCCGCCGCCAUCGAAUGGGCCGUCAGCAAGGGCGUCGAUAUCAUCUCCAUGAGCUGGUCCAUUGAGAGCCCCGGCGAGGGCGAGAAUGCGCUGCGCGACGCCAUGGAGGCGGCCGCCAAAGAUAACAUCCUGCUCUUCUGCGCGUCCGACGACCAGGGCAACAAAAGCACCGAGCAGCCCUACCCGGCGCGCCUCGCUCGCAAUAGCUCCUUCUACAUCGGCGCAGCCACGGCCUGGGGCCGCGAGGACUCAGCCGUGCACAACCUGGUCAACUACAUUGCGCCAGGGGUGGAAUCCGUCAAGGAACUCGCGACGGCGGCCAGGGUCCCGGCCGGAGCGACGCCGGAACUGCUGAUGGGUUCGUCGAUUGCCACAGCGCGUAUAGCAGGGCUGGCGGCGGUGAUACUGCAGAGCGUCAGCGCCACAAAAGGCGCUGCGAGGAAGGACAGGCUCCGCACGCACACGCAGAUCAAGAGGAUACUCGACUUCCUGGCUAAGCCUACCAAGUACCUGCACGUGUGGAGGAUUUUCGACGAGCCGAGCAAGCCGCGCGCCCACCUUGCUGACGCCGAGACCGUGAUUCUAAACGCUGUGGCAAGCAAGCUGAUCAAUAUUGCAGAGCUGGGGUUGUCCUAG